AUGGGAGCAAUGAGCUGGUCUAUCCUCAAGCUUUUAAUGUUACAAGGUCUUUUCAUUUCACCUCCCCUACCACAAAAAGAAAACGAGAGCAAUGAGUUUGAUUUCUUCUACUUAGUUCUUCAGUGGCCAGGCGCUUAUUGCGAUACAAAGCGUGCUUGUUGCUAUCCAACAUCCGGUAAACCUGAUGCAGAUUUUGGCAUUCACGGUCUUUGGCCUAACUAUAACGAUGGUUCAUGGCCUUCAAACUGUGAUCCCGACAGUGAGUUUGACAAAUCUCAGAUAUCGGAUCUGGUAGAUAGUUUGAAAAAGAAGUGGCCAACACUAGCAUGUCCGAGCAAUGACGGGUUCAAGUUUUGGGAAUACGAGUGGGGAAAACACGGCACGUGUUCCGAGUCCGUAUUGAACCAGCAUGACUACUUUGAAAAUUCUCUUAAACUAAGAGACCGAGUCAAUCUCCUCCAAGUCCUCACAAACUCUGGAAUCAAACCAGAUGAUGGGUUCUAUGAUCUAGAAGAGAUCACCAACGCGAUAAAAGAUGCGAUUGGGUUUACGCCAGGAAUCGAGUGUAACAAAGAUCCGGAGCGUAAUAACCAACUUCACCAGAUCUACAUUUGCGUCGAUACAUCAGGAACUGAGUUGAUCGAAUGUCCAAUCUUGCCUAGAAGAAGAUGUCCAUCUCAGCUCCAGUUUGCUAAGUUCUAA